AUGGAAAAUAAGUCCACGAGUAAUAAGAAAAUUGAAAGAAGAUCGAGUGAAUACAGCAGUAAUUAUAAUACCGAAUUGACCAAGCUAGUACUGGUGACCAAUGAUUUUACAGCAGAGCUUAUCAGCAGCAAUACUAAUAUCAAUACCGCUGCACAAUUCUUGGAAUUUGACCGUAUGGAAAUUAACAGGGACUAUCAAGCCAGGCAGGAGAUUAAUGAAAAGUGUUUAGUGGAAUUAAGUGAGUUUGCAGCAUCAACACUCAAUACUAGCAGAUAUGACAUUGCUUCGGUAUACAAGGUGAUACACCCUACUAAAUCACCUAUUGUAUCACACCAAUUACUAGUACAAUUUUUCCUUGCAAAAAUACGAUUAACUGUAAGACUACCAAACCAUUGCAAAGAGAUAUAUGAUACAAUACAAUCAGUAAAUCAUGUUGAGAGUUGGUGCCCAACAUCAUUACUCACACUGGAUAGGCUCCAGCAGAAAAUUAUAUUGCUGUUAGAAGUGGCUACUAUGUGGAGACCGAGAUCAAACCUAGGGAAUCUUCAGUUCCAAGAUGUACAUUCCAUGGUUGAUGAAAAGAAUCAUUUGCGUCUACGGGGAGUACCUUUGAUUGCUAGACAACCAAAGGAGGUUUGCGCAAAGAUCUCAAAACUUGGGAUAUUUGCAGACUCACAAGCCUGUCUUAAAUCGAAGGAUAUGCGAAGACAUUUGCCAGAGGAUCAUCGCCCUUUCCUAGAAAGUAUUCUUGGUGAGCAGAGUUCUGGCCGAUCUACUUACCCAACAACUAUAGAAAACUGGAUCAAGAAGAUGAUGAUAUUUGGGCUACACUCUCUCCGGUCGGCGUCAAGUACAAAAGCCAUAAUUGAGGAAGCUUCUGUACAAGAGGUGAAGCUGCAUGCCAACUGGAGUUUAAAUAGCAGCACACUCGAACGAUAUUACUUCAGACUAGUAUACCAAUGUGCUUGUGAGAGAGACAUAGCUGAGAAGUUUCUUGGUAAGGUUACCAAAAACAAAAGCACAUCUAAAGUCGGAGUGGAGCCAACAGUACUUGCGUUAGGAACGAUACAUAAUGGCAACAUCGGUGAAACAAAGACAGAAGAUGUGGUGCCUACCUGCCCUAAUUCAAAUUGGAAGAAGUUCCUGAACAGUUUCUUUUAG